GCCAUGCGUUCGCCGACAGCCGCCGUGGCCGCCGUCGCGCUGUGGCUGUGUCUGGCGGCCGCCGCUGCCGCCCCGGCCGGCGGCGGGGGCGACGUGUCGCUGACGCUGCUGCACACCAACGACAUGCACGCGCGCUUCGAGCAGACGAGCCGGUCGAACGGCAAGUGCCGGCGCGGCGACGAGCGCCACUGCUACGGUGGAUUCGCGCGCGUCGCCCACGUGGUGCGCGGGGCGCGCAGCCGCGCCGCCCAGGACGCGACCGCGCCGCACGUGCUCUUCCUGGUCGCCGGCGACACCUACCAGGGCACCGUCUGGUUCACCGUGCACAAGUGGCGCAUCGUCGCCGCCAUGCUCAACUUGCUGCAGCCCAACGCCUCCUCCCUGGGGAACCACGAGUUCGACAACGGCGUGGCCGGGCUGGUGCCCUUCCUGGAGAACGCCAGCUUCCCCGUGGUCGCUGCCAACCUGGACACCAGCGAGGAACCAGCGCUGGCCGCUUCUCCCCUCGUCAAGUCGGUCGUGCUCCACCUGCCAGGCGGUCCCGACGUUGGCAUCAUCGGCUACCUCACACCAGAGACCAAGAUCAUAGCCUUCACUGGAAAAGUCAAAUUUUUGGAUGAAGUAGCAAGUAUUAAAGAAGAAGCAGAGAGACUGAAACGUGAAGGAAUCAAUAUUCUGAUUGCAUUGGGCCAUUCAGGUUACAAAACAGAUCAGAGAAUUGCUUCCGAAGUUCCUGAUAUUGAUGUUGUCAUUGGUGGACAUACCAAUACCUUCUUGUACACUGGUGAUGCUCCAGAUAGUGAAGUUCCUGUGGAUCUGUAUCCUAAAAUAAUCACUCAGCCAUCUGGGAAAAAAGUUCCUGUUGUCCAAGCCUAUGCAUAUACUAAAUACCUGGGAAAUUUAACAGUGGUAUUUGAUCAGAAUGGAGAACUGAAAUCAUUUACGGGUAAUCCAGUGCUACUUAAUUCAUCAGUGGAAGAAGACAGUGAAAUCCUAAAAGCAUUGGAAGAGUGGAGAGCAGAAGUUGACAACAGUACAAAAGAAAUUAUAGGAAAGACGCGGGUGCUCCUUGACGGUGCUGCAGAACAUUGUCGCUUAUUUGAAUGCAACCUUGGCAAUCUAGUGACAGAUGCCAUGGUUUACACUAAUGCUAAAAGCUACCAUGGUAAUGGGUGGACCAAUGCACCAAUUGCAUUAUUCAAUGGUGGUGGAAUCCGAUCAUCUAUAGAUACAUCAUCUGAUGGCAAUGUGACCAAAGAAGAUAUAUUAACAACGUUGCCUUUUCAAAACACUUUAUUCUUCGAAAAAAUAAAUGGAUCACAGUUGUUGGCUGCUUUGGAAAAUGGAGUUUAUUAUUAUGAAGAAGUUACAACAAGAGGAAUUGGAAGUUUUCCACAACUAUCAGGACUGAAGGUCACUUACAACAUCAAAAAGCCAGCGGGUGCCAGAGUACAAGAAGUGCUUGUGCUCUGUGGAGAGUGCAGGGUGCCCACCUACUCUCCCUUGAUAGAAAGUGAUAUAUAUGGUGUCAUCAUCCCAGCUUUUAUGAAACAGGGAGGUGAUAAUUACAAAGUUUUUGAAAACAGUAUUGAAUCAUCUUCAUUAGAUUAUAUUGACAGUGAUAUUGUUGCUGACUACAUAAAGCAGAAGAGUCCUGUGUACCCAGCCAUAGAAGACAGGAUAUCAUUUGAAACGGACACACCUUCACAUGCAAUAAGAACUAGGAGUACAAUACUCCUGCAUUAUACGCUUACCGCAAUCAGUAUUUACUGUUCAGUUUUAAUGUAAAUUACUUUUCACUUUAUUAUGAAAUAUACAAAUAAAAGUUAUUGUUGUUGAGUUACAUUUCUCCUUUUAUUAUGAUUGUACAGCCACACACAGUUCAUUUCUAUAGAAGAAACAGAUGCUUGUUCCGCUUUUCCUUAUUGCUCAUAUAAAGUACAAUUAAGGAAAUGUAUAGAGAGAAUGUUUUACAUUAGUAAACUAGUAGAGUCUCUGAAAGAAGGGAGAGAAUUAACUAUUUGUUUAGAAAAAGUAAAUUUCCCAAGUAACUGAUAAUACAUGUACUCAUGUACCCACUCACUCACUCACUUAUUCUGUCUGUGAUAUAGGUGGACUUAACUCAAUAUAAGUUGUUGCCUUUAUAAGAAUGUCAAACUCCAGGAAGAAAUUUUUGUGUGAUAAUUAGUUGUCAGCUUUACUUUCUUUGUUUGGCCUAGUAGAGCUUCAGCAAUUUUUUAUAGUUUAUGAUUUUUCAUCCGUCCAUUGCUAUCAUGUUGCUCUCAUCCCCUCCCUCCUCCCCAUCCCUACAAAAGAAACCUAUGAAACAUAGUUUUUCCCAUGCCUCUCUUGAGCACUGUAGACAAAGGAUAACAUAAGAAACACAAUGGAAAAAAUUGUUGUGGUGUAUGGAGAUUCAAAGAUAUUCAUGUUACCUUCAUUAAUAUGAAUAUUUCAACUCAGCAAGUUGAAAGAAUAUAAAACACUGUGCCAAACUUCUUUCCUGAUAAUCUCUUGUAUCAUUUAAAUAAACUGUGUGUCAUUUAG